AUUAUGUACUUACCAUUAAAUAUUAUCAUCUUAUGAGGGAAUUUACGAAACAGCGCAUAGUUUUGCCUAGCCACAGCUUCACCAUUUCAUUUCCAAUCCACACAGCUGAAAAUCGAACUAACAGCUGAUAAAACAAUGACAUCAAGAAGGCAGAGGACUAACCAAAACAAACUAUGGGUACUCGUCAAAAAUUGUGUAAAUCAGUUUUAAUUGAUUUAAGUGGUACAAUACACAUAGGAAAUGAAAUAACUCCAUCAGCAGUUGAAGCUCUCAACAGGUUACGACAAAGUAAUGUCAAAAUAAAAUUUGUUACUAAUACCACCAAGGAAUCUCGAAGGUGUUUGUAUGAAAGGCUUUGUAAACUAGGCUUUCAACUGAAGAUUGAAGAGAUAUGGAGCUCACUGUGGGCAGCAAAGAAUGCAGUGUCAAGUCAAUCUUUGAAACCUUUUCUGCUCAUCAGUCCGGAUGCUCUAGAAGACUUUCAAGGUUUAGAUAAGUUUGAAGGAGAACCUAAUGCUGUAGUAGUGGGGCUUGCUCCAGAACUUUUUGAAUAUAAAACAUUGAGUGAAGCGUUUAGAUUACUUCUAAAUGGUGCCAAGCUCAUCGCAAUUCACGAAGCACGGUACUUCAAAGGUGACGAUGGAAAACUCGCCCUUGGUCCUGGUCCGUUUGUCAAGGGGUUGGAGUAUGCCGCAGACUGCAAGGCACAAGUGCUCGGAAAACCUUGUCCCGAGUUCUUUUGUACUGGUCUAGAAGGUGUCGACCCAUCAGAAGCAAUUAUGAUUGGUGAUGAUGUUCGAGAUGACAUUAAAGGUGCCCAAGACUUGGGGAUGCGAGGAUAUCUUGUGAAAACUGGAAAAUACCGGAAUGGAGAUGAAAACAAGAUCGAUCCCCCGCCUUACCAUACAGUCGACAACUUUGCUGCAGCCGUAGAUGACAUUUUAAGACAGUUGAGUCUCUAAGGCACUUCAAGGCAGUAUGAAAACAUUAGCGAUAAUGUUAACAGUCAUUUAUACAAGUUAAUGUAAAUACAUUUUAUGGUAGGUAGUUAGACUGUAUUGUUAGAUGA